AUUCGACAGGAGGUCCAUUGCGGUGACCUGAUCAGUUAUGAAAAUAUCGAUGCAAUUGAGUUAGAUUGCGAGUGCGAGAAUUGCAAUGACGUGAUGGCGAGAGCUCUGAUACUUGUACAAGAGCUUCCAGAGUCGUUUCGCAGCAACGCAGUCAUGUACUGCCGGAGCAGGCACUUCAGCUUGAAAUUCGUCGCUGGUGAUGGGCAAAGAAACAAAGCGUUCGUCAUGCUGUACGAACGUCAAGUUAAAGUCCGACUCCGUCCAUGUUUUAUGGAAGGAAUUAAGGCUGCGGUUGCAAGAAAUUGGUUCCCUCUUGUCGUGGUGAUGGUGCCACUUGGUGUAGCGGGAGCUGUUUUAUUUGCGAAGAAGCGUGAAAUUGUGGUGCUGUCAAGUACUCGUGCUGCAAG